CCCAAAUCAUCUUUCCCUUUCCAUUCUCUCCCGCUCGGAACCCUUCCCGACGUCCUCCCCGUCUACCGAUUUAGCCCAAAACCAUCGCCUUUGUAAACGAGCGCUCGCCAUACAAGUCCCUGUUAGAGCUGACAGGCGACGGGAUCGCAACAAAAACCUCCAAAACUUCCAUCUUUCUCCUCCUUCCCUCCCGCUUUUGCUUAUCUAAAUCCCUCAAAUCCGUCUUCCAACGGUAUUUCGCUUUUGCCGUUUGACAGAAUUCAGCAUAAAUCCUGUGCAGAUCCUGCUCAAAACCGGCGACCAAAUAGUCCCUUAUAAUGGAGAGGCUUCACCGGAUAUUCUCUGGGGCCGGAGGGAUGGGCCACCCGCCGUCCGAUUCUCCUCUCCUCGACUCAUCCGAGCAGGUCUACAUCUCAUCGCUUGCUCUUCUCAAGAUGCUUAAGCAUGGCAGGGCGGGUGUGCCCAUGGAGGUGAUGGGGCUUAUGCUCGGAGAAUUCGUGGAUGAAUAUACCGUUCGAGUGGUCGAUGUCUUCGCCAUGCCUCAGAGCGGCACUGGAGUCAGUGUUGAGGCCGUCGAUCACGUCUUCCAGACCAACAUGCUCGAUAUGCUGAAGCAGACCGGAAGGCCUGAAAUGGUGGUAGGGUGGUACCAUUCCCAUCCUGGGUUUGGUUGUUGGCUCUCUGGCGUUGAUAUUAACACCCAGCAGAGCUUUGAAGCCUUGAAUCCUAGAGCCGUUGCUGUUGUGGUCGACCCCAUCCAGAGUGUUAAAGGGAAGGUGGUGAUCGAUGCUUUUCGUUUGAUCAACCCACAGACCAUGAUGCUCGGCCAAGAGCCUCGCCAGACCACUUCCAACCUGGGACAUCUCAACAAACCCUCCAUCCAGGCUCUCAUUCAUGGCCUCAACCGGCACUACUACUCUAUAGCCAUCAACUAUCGGAAAAACGAGCUCGAAGAAAAAAUGCUUCUGAAUCUGCAUAAGAAGAAAUGGACAGACGGCUUAACGUUGCGACGAUUUGACGCCCAUUCAACAACCAAUGAGCAAACGGUGAAGGAGAUGCUGAACUUAGCUAUAAAAUAUAACAAAGCAGUCCAAGAGGAGGAUGAACUGCCUCCGGAGAAAUUGGCCAUCGCCAAUGUGGGCAGGCAAGACGCAAAGAAGCAUUUGGAGGAGCAUGUGUCCAAUCUAAUGUCUUCCAAUAUAGUCCAGACGCUGGGUACAAUGCUGGAUACGGUUGUGUUCUAAUUCUCUCACCGUUUUCUGCUCCGGAAUCACUCAUCUCUCUUUGCGUCAGCUGAAUGUUUUUAAAUUUAUGGCAACUGGUUCGAUAGAAUGUGUUGCAAUUGCCUUUUGUUUCAUGAUGAAUGCGAUGGAGAAAUUUGCCAUGAAAUACGUUGUCAGACUGAUUUUAUUUAAAAUUACAUUUGUGCUUUUAGAUUUA